AUAUCCAAAUUUUACGCUUCCAAAAAAAUCUUCAUCACAGGAGCGACUGGAUUCAUGGGAAAAGUGUUAGUAUGGAAGUUAUUAAACAGCUGCUCUCAGUUGGAUACGAUUUUUGUGCUGAUGCGACCAAAACAUGGAAAACCCUCUUUGUCUCGUAAAACUGAAUUUUUUAACUCGCCGGUAACCAACAUGAGUUCUUUACAAGACGAUGUGAUUUUUGCCAUUCGAUAUAAUUUUUUAAUACUCCACAGGUUUUUGAAAAUUUUAAAAAAGAAAAUCCCGAAAUAUUACAAAAAGUGGUACUUAUAGCCGGAGAUGUAGGAGAAGAUCGCUUAGGAUUAUCGGACAAAGAUCGAGAUAUGCUAAUUGACGAAGUAUCUGUUAUAUUCCAUAGUGCAGCCAUUUUAAAAAUGAACGCGGAUUUACGAACAGCAAUUAAUGUAAAUACCACCGGGACCGUAAGAAUGCUCGAAUUGGCGCAACAGAUGAAAAAACUUGAGUCAUUUGUGUACAUUUCCACUGCGUAUUGUUGCUGUGAAAAGACAACGGUGGAAGAGAAAAUGUAUCCUUCAAAACAUAAUCCGGAAAUGAUUAUGGAUCUCGUUCAAUGGUUGGAACCGAAACUGUUAGCAAACAUUACACCCGGUUUAAUUCAUCCUUUGCCAAACACAUACACGUAUAGUAAACGAAUAACCGAAUCUCUACUGCAUAAUUACGAGUCCACGGUUCCGAUUAUUGUAGCCAGACCAACUAUAGUGGUGGCAUGUUUCAAAGAACCGUUCCCAGGAUGGAUUGAUACUCUAAACGGACCUGCUGGAUUUUAUAUUGCCGGAGCGAAAGGACUAUUACGAGUUACAACGAUGAGGCCAGAUAGCAAAACCAACGCAAUACCAGCCGAUUUCGUCAUCAAUAGUAUUCUAAUUUUACCGUGGGCCAAUUCUCGAGAGCAAUUAUUAAAAGAAAUUAGCGUAUUUAAUAUUCCACAGAAUCAUUACGAAGAUUUCACCUGGCGCCACUUACUACACCAUUUUAUGUGUUCUUUGAAGAAAUAUCCAGUCAAUGUAGCUCUAUGGUAUCCAAAUACCAAUCCGGAUACCAAAAGUAUGUUCGUAUAUACCAUUAAAUGCAUAUUUUUGCAUUACUUACCCGCCUACGUGAUUGAUUUCAUCUUGCUCAUGGUCGGUCAAAAACAGUUCAUGGUUCGUGCUCACGAUAAACUCCGAGAAGCUGAAAAAAUGUUACGACAUUUCACUGUGAACCAAUGGCACUUCGAGCAUGAUAAACUACUUCGACUGGAGGAACUUUUGAAUCCAACUGAUCAGCAAUUGUUUCCUGUAAACAUGAAAGAAAUGGGAGAUCUUCAAAGUUAUGUGGAUAAUUGCACGAUUUCAGCCAAAUUUCACUUGUUUAAUGAAAAUAUGGACCAUCAAACCAGCGCAAAAAUAUUGCACAUAUCAUUGUACGUUUUAGACAAAAUCGUCGUCGUGUUGAGAUAUUACAUUUUGUGGAAGUUUCUCGUGUUCGUUUACAACACGAUAUGCAGCAUAUUAGUAUAAACAGAAACUCCAUAUCUACAACGGGAACGUGUGAAUCAUAAAAAGCUUAUAAUUUGCACAAAUGUCGUCAGCAAUCAGUGCUCCAUCUUGAACUCAACAACUAUCGAGAAAUGCUGCAAAAUGAUCCACCUUCAGUAAACAUGAAGUUGAAUUGUAUUGAUUAUAGUUUCAAUUUUCAUAAAAAGUAAA